AGGAGAAGGUGGAGAUGCAGCGGCAGCGCUUCAGGUUGGAGUUUGAGAAGCACCGCGGCUUUCUGGCCCUUGAAGAGCAGCUGCAGCUGAGGAGGCUGGAGGAGGAGGAGAGAGCCACCCUGCAGAGACUGCGGGACAGUAAGGACCAGCUGGCCCAGCACAGCAAGGCCCUCAAGGAGCUGGCAGAGGAGCUGGAGGAGAGGUGCCAGCGCCCAGCCCUGGGGCUGCUGGAGGGUGUGCAAGGAGCCCUGAGCCGGUUCUCUGCUCUUCUCAGAAGUAAGGCUGUGAUGCCGCUGGAACCAGAGACCAUCCCCAUGGAGCUGAAGACCCCAUGUCGAAUCCCUGGCAUGCGGGAAAUGUUGAGGAGAUUCCAAGGUGGGUGGAGCCCUGGAGCCUGGGAACUGAUGCUGAGAGUGUGGGGCUUACUGCCGCCCUUACUGCCCUGGCCUGUGGCCACAGCAGAGCAGCCACAGCAGAGCCUCAGGUCUCUGAGACUCACUGUGUGAGUGUGCUGUCAUAUGCGAGUGAACUCUCAGGGUGUCGUGGCCUCUCACCUGGGGCCCAGCCUGGCAGACUUCCAGCUCCUUCCCGGAUACAAUGCGUCAGCCCUGCCCAGCAGAACAUGUGGGUGUCUCCCUCGAGGAGUCGAUCAGUUCUCCAGGGUUGCCCCGCUGGCUCCCACUCACUCUAUUCUGACACUGUCCACCUGCAGGCAUCAUCGAAUCCCACAGGUUGAGGGCCUGGUCCUGCAAAGCUGUGCCCUGCUUCAGGAGCAAGGAACAAGCAGGCUGUGGCUUGUGCCUCUGACCAGCCAACUGCAAAGCAGCUUUCCCAGGACCCGCUCUAUGAGCGUGGUUUGUUUGCUAGAGCAGCCCCCAGAACUCAGACCCUACUCACACUUGGUCAGUUAUUGUACAGGGUGUUGCAGAGGAUGGGGACCAACAGCCGGGUGGAGGAAACCAAUAGGGUUGGUGUGAGGAGGGGCAACACGCCCUCUCUGGGUGCUCCUUGCAGGAUCUCCUUGUGUGCCGCCACUGGCAAGCUCUGUCUUUGGGUUUAUGGAGGCUUCAUUCAGCAGGCAUGACCAGUGACACCACUGGCCACUGCUGGCCCCUGGAGCUUCAGCCCCCACUCUCCUCCCAGAGGUAGGGGGAUGUUGGACUGAAGGUUCUAUCCCUUUAAUCCCAAGGGGUUUCUCUGGAAACCAGUCCCCAUCCUGAGGUCAUCUAGGCCACCAAGCACCAGCCAUCUCACUAGCAUGCAAAAGAGUCCCUUGUCUCAGGACUUUUGGGAACUGGUGUGUCAGGACCUGGGACAUAGACCAAAAAUAUACUGCACUCUCUCACCAUGACUCAUGCACUGCCCUUGGCCUUCCUGAGGAUUUCAGUGUCAGGCUGUGAAGGGGUGGAGCAGUGCACCUGCCUGCAGGAAGGGGGAGGGGACAUUUGUGCACAAUCCGAGCAGAUGCCAGUCAGGGACACCCAGAGGGUCUGCACGAAAUGGCUUUGUUCACCCAAUCAUGUUGUUCUUUAAAAUGGUGACGAUUCAA